GCCUGUGAAGAGUUGCUGUCGGCUAUGCAGUGCACAGACCAGUUGCUGGUACUAAACACUACUAUGAGCAAGGAUCUCAUACUGGAGAGAUUCACUAAAGACUUGUUCAACUACGAGACAGAUAGUGAAGUGUUGGACGAAGCAAAAUCUGAGGGUUAUUCACCAAUGCCUUUGUCGCUGUCGAGCACAGCCAAUCAGAAUUAUCAAGAUGCGGCAAAGGAAUCUAGUGAGCCACAACCAGCAAGUGACACAGCACCUGAGGUAAUCCUACCAGGCUCUGUUGAGCUUUUUAAUGACUCCCCACAUAUGCUCCACUUCCCUUUUGAACCCAAUGAGUUGAUCCCGUCCUCUCUGCACCUAAGAAAUAAUACAGAUGCACAUGUGCCAUUUAUGCUUAUGAAGAAGAGCAAUAACAAAGGGAUGUGCUUCGUAAGGCUGCCACUGUAUGGCAUUGUGCCUCCGAGAUCCACUUACACUCUCGUGGUGAUAAUAGAUAAAAAGGAAAACCUACCAGAAGAAAGAGAAGAUGAACUAAUCCUUCGUAGCAUUAUAAAUGGCAAGUGUAGCUGUACUGCCGUACGGCUUGCUUGCGAGGGACUCUUUGAGGAAGCCGAAAAGUCAGGAAAUACUGUGGUGCAUACAGUGAAAGCUGUUUAUGCUCGGCAAGAAGAGACAACAUAUGAGGCAAUCCUGCCUCCAGUAAAGAUCAUGCGUAUGGAUGAUAAUUACCAUACUAGUAAUAUUUUCUGUCUAGAUGCACAUCCGUCGGAGCCAUGGAUUAUAACAAGUCACUGGAGCGGACAAGUUAUCAUAUGGAGCUGUAACACACAGGAAGUGAUGGUUUCUCGUAAUGUCGGAAUCGGACAAGUUUGCUCUAUUAAAUUCAUUGCACGCAAGCAAUUAUUUGUUGUUGGGUUCACUACCGGUUCCAUCCAUGUUUACAAGUAUCAAAUUGGACAACUCAAAAAAAUAAGACACAUCAAGCAGAUCUCUGUUGAUAAUGGUCUCCAAUCACUAGCUGUUCACCCAACCCAAUCGUAUGUACUUUUAGUAUUUCAUAGGUUCAUAAGCCUUUGGGACGGGGAGCGAGGGUGGAAGUUGGUAAGAACAUUCACUGGUCACAGCGGGUUUGUAAGGCAAGUCACAUUCAACCCAAUGGACACCAACAGUUUUGCUAGUGCUUCGGAAGAUAACACGAUAAAGGUUUGGAAUAUGGGUUCACCUGAACAUAAGUAUACUCUAUCUGGUCAUUCUGGCGGAGUGAACUGCCUGGAUUUUUUCAUGCGUGCCGGGCAGCAACAUUUGGUUACUGGCUCCAACGAUAUAAAUGCCAAGAUAUGGGACUUGAAGGAAAGAAUGUGUGUUUAUACACUGAAAGCAUUCAUGUCUCCGGUUGUUUCUGUCGUUUCCCAUCCCACUCUUCCAGUUCUAAUUGCAGGUACAAAAGACGGCACUGUUCAUUUGUGGAGCUCCACUGAUUUCAGUUGCUUCAUAUUCCCCAGGCGUAUGAGAGUCCUUCAUGUUAACAAGAGCGGAUUUGUUUCUGGUCUAGCAUGUUCUAUGGGGUCGAGAAGAAUUUCGGAAUAUAGGUUCGUAUUCACCCUUUCAUAUGUUCAGAUAGAGUAUACUUAUGUGGUAUACUCUCUAUUUUUGUGGCGCCACAUACUUUCUAUUUUUUAUAUGUGGCACCACAAAACGUAAACGCGGGUGCACAUGGAGAAUUUCAUUAAAAAUGAAAUAUGGGAAAGUCUCAUUUUUACUACAAUCAGGUAUUUGCAGUUGUUUAUAGGUAACAUACUGAUAUACUUUUUGUCCACUUUACUCUCUUCCAAGUUUCAAUAUUGUCUUGACUCACUAUACCCUGGUUUUAGACCCUUGUUUUGCUGACAUGGAUACGUGUUCGGUGGUUUCAUACACAUCACCAUUUUGAAGGGUGCCAUCUUCUUCUAUUCACUCCCAUGUUACCUUUGACAUGAACAAAUGCUCCUAACCAGUGGGUCCACCUGGUCAGAGAGACAUAACAGAUGAGGUUGCUUCCCUGGGAAGCCAUGGCGGCGAUGAAUUAAAGAGCUGACCAGUAGUG